UCAGCAUGUUUUUGGAAUUGUGAAAAGUUUGUGUUGUCCGAAGAGACUGUAUCGUGAAACAGUUUGAGUGUUGCAUUUGUUUAUUUGCAUCCGCAUGUCCUGUUUUACAUUUAUAAAAACGUAAUUCUGAUUUAGCAGCGUUUGGAUUUAAUGAAUAUUUGUGCUUAACUUAGAAAAUAUGGAUGAUGCUGGAAAUUCUAAUCUUGCCGAGAAUUCUACUCCUGUGACAACUGUAAUUAAUAACAUUUCAAAUGAUAGUCCUAAAACUGAAAAUGCUGAGCCAUUUGAUAUUAUGGCUGUUGAAGAUAUCAAAAGCGAGAAGGGUAAUGAAGAAGAUGAAAAGCAAAGCGAUUUGAACAAAAAUGCUCUUAUUGCUGUUUUGCAGUUUCUAAAGAAACAUAAUUUACAGGAAACCGAGGCUAUUUUGCGUAAAGAAACUAAACUUGCAGAUGAUGGCAAGAUACCUGAAUCAGCACAGAAUGGUUCUGAUGUUAGUAGUGUGCUUUCCACAUAUAAAAGGUCAGGAAAUUGAUAAACUGUAAUAUACUUUUUAAUUUUUGAAAUAUUGCAUCAUUAAUUAUUUUUAAUUGAUUUAAUAUAAACUGUACUUUAAAAAAUGAUAAUAAACUAUUAUUUAACAG